AUGGCUGAAUUGAGACGUGCCGUGGCAGAGCAACGAGUCAAUGACGCACUUAACACCAGGAACGGCCCAAUUAUCACGGAAACGCUUAAUCUCGCACCAGGGAGCGAAGUCAAAGUAUGGCGCGAAGGAGAUGGUUGGUCAGGACCGUACAAAGUUAUAUCAGUCAAUGGCCAUGACGUGACUGUAGAUCUUGGAAAUGGUGCUGUUGCAUUCAGGGCGACGUCGGUACAGCAGUAUUUACGUGAUAGCAAGGAUGAGAGUGAUCGCCUGAUUAGAUUGCCUCUCUCUCCCCCCCAAGAGGAUCUCAAUCGCCAGGACGGUCGGUCCCAAGUCGACUUCGACCAGACUCCGAGGACUAGAGCAAGGGUAAGACUGCAAGACCAUCCUGCAAAUCCGAAUCACCAUGUUGAGACUGGGGGAGUCCACGCACCGCAGACCCCCGAGAUGCCUGUGUUGCCACGCCGCCGAGGACGACCGCGUGGUUCCAAAAAUAAGCCAAAAGCGUACGCCGAAGUGUUCAUAUCCAAAAAGGAGAGGGACGACCUUGAACUUGCCGUCAAGCUGCGGCGUGAAGGCAAGAUCGCCACCAACGGCGUGCCGUUCGAAUUAUCAGGAAAAACAGAGAUCGACAGCUUGAUAGCAAAUGGGACCUUCAAGAUCCUUCACCGUGCCGAUAUGGACCUACGUGGCAUCAGAAUUUUCAAUUCCCGCCUUGUCAACGAGAUAAAGGGCAAGAACGAGAUUCCCUAUGAGAAAUCUCGACUUGUUAUACAAGGAUAUAACGACGCUGGGAAGGAUAAGAUCUUGACCCAGGCACCCACGAUCCAGCGUGCAAGCCAACACUUAUUAGUGUCGCUUAUCCCCACACUCAUUGAGAUGGGAAUGGUCGUUAAGAUCCGGGAUAUCACGCAAGCAUACACACAGGCGAAGACCAAGCUCGAGCGUCUGAUUAUCGCCAAUCUUCCCAUUGAAAUGCAGGAUAAGUAUCCACCAGAUUCACUCCUAUUAGUUGAAGGCCCGCUAUAUGGGAUCCCUGAGGCAGGUGUUCAUUGGUUUGGAACAUACCAGGCGCACCAUCUUAACAAAUUGAACAUGGAAACCUCGACGUACGACCCAUGCCUUCUUAUCUCAAAGCUAGGAGACGACGAAUUUGGACUUGUGGGAAUGCAAACGGACGACACACUUCUUAUCUAUACAGAAAAGUUCUCCAGAGGUGAACAAGCCGCGUUGCAAGAGGCAAACUUUAAAGCGAAGCCAAAAACACGACUCUCGGAGACCAAGCCUCUAGAAUUCAAUGGUGCAAGAAUUACCCUGCAGAAUGGCAUUGUCAAUUUACAACAGAAAGGGCAAGCAGCGAGGAUCCAACCAGUGGGUAUGGAAGAACGCGCACAGAAGUAUGUCGAACAACGCGCACGGGGAGCCUAUCUGGCUUCGAUCUGCCAACCUGAAGCUGCGUAUGACUUGGCCGUGGCCGCUCAGCUGCAAGAGAAGGAUCGCUCCGAUUCUGAUUAUGAGGCGUUGAAUAAACGUCUCAUAUGGCAGGCCCAGAAUCCAGAGAGAGGGCUCCGUUAUGUGCCUCUCAACCUCGCCAAAGCCAGGAUUAUGGUUUUUACUGAUGGAUCCUUUGCCAAUAACCGGGAUUUGACUUCCCAAAUCGGAUUCCUGAUUACCAUGGUCAACGAAGACUUCUCGCAGCAAGGCCGCUUCGUCGCCACUGGCAACAUCUUGCAUUGGCAAUCAGCAAAGUGUAAACGCGUUACACGGAGUAUACUAGCCUCUGAGGUCUAUGGCCUUACAGCUAGAUUUGACCAUGCGUUCACUAUUGCCAGUACCACCAAAAUGAUCACCAGUCGUCUGGACCUACUGGCAAUGCCUCUUGGGACCACCAAAGAGAAACGCCUCAUGAUCGAUAUCAUGGCACUUCGUCAAUCUUAUGAGAAGCACGAGAUCCACGAGAUCCGUUGGAUCCAUGGAGACGAUAACCCGGCCGACGCUUUUACGAAGUCAAGCCCUAACAAGGCCCUAUGGGACCUUGUUGACAGCAAUAAGCUGACAGUUCGUGUUGAAGGCUUCGUUGAGAGAACCGGGAGCGAUUAG